UAAAACCUCAUGAGAAAACAGUUCACAUCAAGUGCGACGCUAGUCAGUAGCCCAGAGACACUGCCUCUGAAAAUGGGACUAAGGGACGAGCUCCUCAAGGCAAUAUGGCAUGCGUUCACAGCCCUGGAUGUGGAUAAAAGUGGGAAAGUUUCUAAGUCACAGCUGAAGGUGCUUUCCCAUAACCUGUGCACAGUGAUGAAGAUCCCUCAUGAUCCUGUAUCUCUAGAGGAGCACUUUAGAGAUGAUGAUGAGGGUCCUGUUUCCAAUCAGGGAUACAUGCCUUACCUGAACAGGUUCAUUCUGGACAAGGUCCAGGAUAACUUUGACCGAAUAGAUUUUAACAGGAUGUGCUGGACUCUAUGUGCCAGAAAAAACCUCAACAGAAACCACCUGCUUAUCUCAGAUGACGAUGCAUUUAAGAUUUGGUGCAUUUUCAACUUCCUCUCUGAGGAUAGAUAUCCACUAGUCAUGGUCUCAGAGGAGAUCGAGUACUUCCUUCGUAAGCAAACAGAAGCCAUGGGUGGCAGUUGGAUUGAGGAAAAGUUUGAAGAAUACAAGCUCCAGCUGAGCAGCAAGCACCAGUGUCUGAAUGUUUGGGAGCUGAUUGAGUUGGUGGGUAUGGGGCACUUCAGUAAGGGCAUGGACCGCCAGACCCUCUCCAUGGGCAUUAAUGAAGUGUUCCAGGAACUUAUUCUGGAUGUGCUCAAACAAGGUUACAUGAUGAAAAAGGGCCACAAAAGGAAGAACUGGACUGAACGGUGGUUCUUGUUGAAGCCCAACUUAAUAUCAUACUAUGCCAGUGAAGACCUUACAGAGAAGAAAGGAGACAUACUACUAGAUGGAAACUGUUGUGUUGAGUCCUUGCCUGAUAAGGAGGGGAAGAAGUGCCUUUUCUAUGUCAAGUGUUCAGACAAAAGCUUUGAAAUCAGUGCCUCCGAUAAAAAGAAAAAACAAGAAUGGAUUCAAGCUAUUCAGACUUGCAUCACACUCCUGAAGGUUGGACGUCCAGCUCUACACCACGAGGCACGGCAGAAACGACGAGAGUUACGUCAGAAACAACAGGCCGAGCAGGAAGAACUGGAGCUGAGGAUGAGAGAGCUGCAGACGGCCAAUGAGAACAAACAGAGAGAGCUGGAGGCCAUGAGACAGAAACUGGAGGAGGCCGCAGCCAAUGCAGCAGAAGAAGAACACAGACGUCUGCAGACCCAGAGCGAGCUGCAGGAUCUUUACCGCAUGGAAAUGGAGAAAGAGAAAAUGGUGCGGCAGCAAAUGGAGGAACAGGUGGCUCAAAAGUCCAGUGAGUUAGAGCAGUACCUGCAGCGCGUACGAGAGCUGGAGAACAUGUACCACCGUUUAGAAGAAGCACUGGAGGAAGAAAGACAGGCCAGACAAGAUGAGGAAACUGUCAGAAAACUACAGGCCAGGCUGCUGGAGGAGGAGGUAUCCAAGCGUGCAGAGCUGGAGGAGAUACACCUGUAUCAACAGCAGACCAUCUCCCAGACUCAGGCUGAGAAACAGGAGCUGGAACGAGAGCGGCUGGCGAAGGAGAGCGCUUUGCAGUCUGCCAUGCAGCAGCUGCAGCAGCUGGAGGCUGACAGACAGGGUGCACUGGAGCAAUAUGAGGAGGUGAUGAAGAAACUAGCAGAUGCUGCUAAUAACACAAAGAGCUGGAAGGACAAGGUGACUCAUCAUGAAGGACUCAUACGCCUCAUUCAGCCAGGUCCCAAGUACCCUCAGAAAAUCACAAACUGGGGACCUGCAGCUUUCACAGAGGCAGAACUGAGUCUGAGAGAGAAAGAUUGGCAGGAAAAGAAAAACAGGCCUCCUACACCCCAGUAGUGUGUCCAGUCUGUAGAUCUGCUGCCCUGUUAAUAAUACACGUUGCUGUAGAUAGAGUCACUAGUGAAGAAUAUAUACUGCCUCUGUGGGGUUAGCCUCUGACCACACUAAAACUGUAGGCCACUUGACUUUACACAGUAAGGUUGAGCCUGGCCUCAUCUGAAGAAUCGUGUCACCAUUCCAAUCUCUACUGUAACAUUCCAGUGUCAUUCUGUCCUUUGCUUUGAAGAAUUUUUUAUAAACAUUUUUGUAUGAUGUUCUACAUCUUGUGAAUGUGUUCAUUUUGGUGCAUUUCCACCAAAGUAAAGGCAGAUGGCUCUUCCCCAUAGUUCAUGAGUUUAAAAAAGUUUUUUUUUUUAAGUAAAAAAAAAAAAUGAAUAACCUAAUUGACCAAGUAAAUAUUGUUAAAAAGUGUAAUUGUGCAUGCAUUCCAUUGUCACCUCUAGUUUUUUAAAAGUAUUAAAAUUGUACAAUUUAAAUAGUAAUAAAGCAUGCAAAAUGGACUAAUAAAAACAUUUAGGUUUAAUUUAUAAUUAAUACUUGAGUGCUAGAACAUUUGACAUAGCUGGAACGUAUCUAGCAGUUGUUCACAUACUGUAAGGGCAAUCUCAUUCAAAAAGACAUGACUGCAGUAUUAACUAAUUUAUAUGCUCAAAUUAUUAACACAAUUGUGUUUUUACUACAAUUUAUGUGUUUUUGGGAUUAUUCAGUUAUGUACAAUACCAUACCAAACUGUUGUUUGCCUUAAACUAAUGUCCAGAUUUAAGCCUGAGACUGUAUUGUUUGUCAUUCAAUAAAGGCAUUAUUUAAUAGUUGUAAAUGA